AUGGCACAAACGGACCCUAAUGGAUUGUUUGCGAUGGUGGAACUCAACUAUCAGGGGGUAUUUACUCGAAAUCCUUUCUUUUACACUGUUGGUGUCAAAACCAUGUUUAAUGAUGUUGAUUUUUCUUCAAUGACAUUUUCUGAGUGUGUCACUUUCUUUGAACGUUUCAUGCAUGAGGAGGUUAAAAAGAUGUACUACUAUGAAUCAGGCCUUUCCCUGAUGGAUGGGCUUAAUCCCAUUUUAGAUGAUGUGGAAUUCGUUGCUUUUAUAUUUGAUGCUUAUGGAGCAGAUGGUGUAAUUUCUGUUUAUAUCGAUCAUGUUGGAGUGGGAGUAGAUGGGUGGUUUGAUGAUGAGGAAGCUGAUGAUGAUCAUGAGUCUUGUAUUGAUGGUGAAAAUGAGGAUAAUAUAGAUAAACUUAGGAAUGGGAAUGUGGAAUUUAAUAAGGAUGUAGUUAGUAUGAAUAGGACAUCAGAAGAUCCUUUCCUAAUGACUCCUCCUAGAAGUUAUGAAGCUGAAGAUUUUGUUGGUGAGGAUGUGGAGGUUGAAAAUGUUGAAGGUGGUCAGGGUGAAGCUAAUGGUGUGGUUGAAGAUGGUCAUGGUCAAGUUAAUGGUGUGAUUGAAGAUGGUCAUGGUCAAGCUAAUGGUGUGGUUGAAGAUGGUCAGGGUAUAGUUAAUGUUGUGGUUGAGGAAGCUGUUGAGGUUCCUAAUGUGCAUGUACAGCAGGUUAGACCAAUUUCAGAUAUUUUGAAGAGGAGAAGGAGAAGAAAUUCAAAGAGAAUAUUGAAGAUCAAAUUAGGAAAGACAAUUGGUGGUGUGGAUGAUCCAGGAAAUUCCAAGGGAAAAGCUCUUAUAAUUGAUUAG